AUGAGGACCUGGAUCCAGGUUGCCAAUUCGAUCCCAAAUCUCAUCUCGGCGCCGCUGCUCGGAAUCUGGGCCGAUCGAGCGGGCCGCAAACCAGCUUUAAUCUUCUCGAUCUGCGGCUUUUGUAUUUAUGCGGUGCUGUACGUCAUCGCUACGUUUACGUACCGCCAUAUUAACGUUUAUAUUUGGUUCUUCGCAGCUGAAGCAAUUUGGGGCGCGACGGGUGGAUCUUGCGGGCUGAUUGGCACGAUGUUCGCCAUGAUUAUUGACGAGACGAGGAAGGAUACCGGAACGAAAAACUACAGUGUCCCGGUCCGGAUUAUCGUCGGGGCGGCGCUGCAGAAUUUCGGCGGUUUUGCCGGGAAUAUAGUGAUCACGAUAUUGGCCGGGCUCGAGUCAAGAUAUUUAAUUUGCGCUCUUUUACAGAUAAAC